AUUGUCCAAAACACUUAUAAAUAACCUAACACAGACAUUAGACACGCAUUGGUCAUAUUUGAUAUUUAUCUGUAAUAGAAAAGUUGACAUUUAGUUUACUGCUUUUCUUUGUUGAAGAAAGUAAUUAUUUGAACCACUAUAUACAGGUACAAUCAUCGGUUUGUAUUUUAGCGAAUUUAGUUUAUUUUGAAAGCCGGAAGUUUGUGCCGCACUGCUCCCGCCGCUCUUCAGAGCUCCACCUCGUCUACCUCACGAUAGCAGGAAACAUGUGGAGGUCAACGGCAUCGCGCGUAGUUGCUGCUUUGAAGAAUGAGCUUCUACAAUCCAGAAGUUUCAUCCGUGGGAUGAAAACUGUUACAUUAAUCCCUGGUGAUGGCAUUGGUCCAGAGAUCUCUGCGGCUGUCAUGAAGAUAUUCUUAGCAGCUGAAGUUCCCAUCGAGUGGGAAGAAAGAAACAUCACAGCUAUACAGGGACCAGGUGGAAAGUGGAUGAUCCCUCAUGAUGCUAAAGAAUCUAUGGAUAAAACAAAACUCGGUCUGAAAGGUCCUUUGAAAACACCAAUAGCAGCAGGUCAUCCCUCCAUGAACCUGCUUCUGAGAAAGACGUUUGACCUCUAUGCUAAUGUGCGGCCCUGCAGGUCCAUUGAGGGUUAUGACACGCCUUAUACUGAUGUGAACCUGGUUACCAUCAGGGAAAACACUGAGGGAGAGUAUAGUGGGAUUGAACAUGUGAUUGUUGAUGGAGUUGUGCAGAGUAUUAAGCUCAUCACAGAACAAGCCAGCGAGCGCAUUGCAGAGUAUGCUUUUGAAUAUGCAAAAAACAAUCAGAGGUCCAGUGUUACUGCUGUUCACAAGGCUAAUAUCAUGCGAAUGUCAGAUGGACUUUUCCUGCGAAAGUGCAGAGAGGCCGCAGAGAAGCACAGAGAUAUAAAUUUCACAGAGAUGUACUUGGAUACUGUGUGCCUUAAUAUGGUCCAGGAUCCCUCGCAAUUUGAUGUCCUGGUGAUGCCAAAUUUGUAUGGAGACAUCUUGAGUGAUCUCUGUGCUGGAUUAAUUGGAGGUUUGGGAGUGACGCCAAGUGGAAACAUUGGUGCACAUGGAGUGGCCAUAUUUGAGUCAGUUCAUGGAACUGCUCCAGAUAUCGCAGGAAAAGAUCUUGCGAACCCCACUGCCCUGCUGCUCAGCGCCAUCAUGAUGCUGCGCCACAUGGGCUUACAUAGCCAUGCCCAGAAAAUUGAAACUGCCUGCUUUAACACCAUUCAGGACAAAAGGGUUCUAACCAAAGACUUGGGAGGAAACUCCAAGUGCUCAGAGUUCACAGAAGCAAUUUGUCAAAGAGUUCGGGACAUGAAGUGAAAGGAGCUUGUGAGGCUUCUCAUAAUAUGUCAGUAGAGUAUCCCGUUGCACUGUGUGAUUCUAUGUUAAAACUUUUACCCAGAACAUGUGUUUAAAAUUCUGGUGCUUAUGAACUUGAAUAUUUACAAAGAAUUGUCUUAACCACAUCAUCUAGAACAUCUGUAUAUAUGACAAGCUAAAUAAGAUUUUUGAGGAUGAUUACUCAUUAAUCUUUAAUGUGUCGUAAGUCUUCCAUUAUGGUGCCCAGAGAUUACGCACUUGAUAGUAGUGGGGAAAAAAAACAUGCUUCCUUAUGCACAAAACCUUAUCAUUUUGCACUUGGUAUGUUUUUAAACCACUAGGUGUUGUUAUUCCAAAUUGUAUGAAUGUGUAGAGCACAAUUCCAACAGAAAUGUGAAACUUUAACCUGUUUUUAUUUCAAUCUAGGUUGCUAUUAAAGUUACCUGACAACAUUUUCAUAUAUCCAAUCUUGGUCUGAGACUAUUUUUUAAAGACAGUUUCUUAUGUUUAGAGGUAUUCAUUGUGAUAGCUAAACUUUUCUAAUGUUUAAAGGCAUUAUAAAGUGUGUAUGUACAAAAAGGUAAAAAAUAAAAAGUUCUAAUUUUAGGGUUACAUUCUUUAAGGGAAAUGAAAGUUUGAUUCAAUUCAGAAUGAGCACUGAAAUCGCACAAUUUGUAAUCGCUCUAGAAACAUAACACGAUGUGAAAGUGGAAUAGUUGUGUAGUAGCUGUCUAAGUUUCAUUACAAAUAUGGACAAAUUACACAGACAAGUCAUUCUAAAAACAUAUUUCAUGUUGUCAAUUUUUAUCUUUUGUGUACCUUCCUUUGUUCAGCUCUUUUAUUUAUGUUCUUGUUUGAAAAUGCUAUUUAAAUAAAGUUGAAUUUAUUACAUGUUUAACUUCAUCAUUAGUUCUUGAAUGUUAUAGGUCUUAAACAAACGGUUCAAAAUUACACUUGUUUGAAAACGUCUUCUGAAAGUAUGAGUACCAAGAUAGGAAGUUCAAGACCAUUUUGACAGACUUGAAGAAAAGUUGAAUAAAAAAAUAAAACAUUU